GCGCGGUAGUCGCGCGAGCUGCCACGUAAAUGUUGUGUGUGCUGUCUGUCCGUUCUCUCUCGAGUUGCAGCAAUUAUAUCGUCCCGUAGGACCCUGGUGGAGAUAAAUAUCACGGGGGUGAUAUGCGCGAAUCUGCAUUCAUCCCUUUCUAAUUUCGGGCGACCUGCGUAAUUAAGUGCGACUGUGUUAAAGCAACAAAAUGUCACAGUCAAGUUACCAGUAUUCGGUGUAUCCAGAGCCCAAUAAUUCCUUGAAAAAUGAUCCGUCACCAAUAGUGAAUGGCCAAAGUACUGCAUCUCAACAAAAUGGCAUGCAGUCUCCGCAGUAUAAUUUGACUGGCACACCAUCGUCGCAAUCGUCGCGCGACCCGUCCAGGGAAACUUCCAGAGAUCCAUCGCCAACUCAGUAUCUUCAUAAUCAAUAUCGGCCUCAAUUGCCUCGACCGCCAAUGCCACCAAUAAAUGGACCUCAAAGCUCCAAUGCAUUACCUUCGCUACCUAGAACUACACAACUGUAUAAUCCUACAAAUCCUUAUGGGAUUUCUAGCCAAUAUGCCAGUUCUAGUUCUCAUUCAAAUGUUGCAGUUAGUACAUCUACGACUGCUUUUGUAUCUCAACCUAAUCAGGAAGUUCAGCAUAGAUCCGCGCUUUCUACGAAUCAGAUGCCUUCACUAGCCAAAAACCUGUCACCAGGAUCUGCGCCUUCGACGUUUACGAAUACUGUCGAAUUGGAGCAUGCUAAAGUAAACCAAAGUUAUCAAUGGACAGCGAAUACCCUGCCUACUAAUGCUGCGCAGGGAACUGUAGGCAUUUCUGAAACAUCUAGUAGCAUCGAGAAGCCUAGUCAAGUCUCUACGAAUCAAAUUGUGGGAGGUCAGACAUCCUUUGCUGGAAUAAAUAGAACCUCGGUGCAUGGUCAAAGUGAUCCUACUUUUCCAUCUUCAGCCAACAUUAAUCUACCUCCUACAAAUACUCAACAUUUGAAUCAAACCAGGCAGGUGCAACAAGAUCCAGCAAUUUCCAGUAUACAGCCUCCAAGAAUUCAGAAUAUCCAAGCACAAUCGCCAGUUGGUCUUUCUGAAAACUUAAAUAAUCCUCAACUCAAAUACAGCAGUCAACAGAAUAUAUUCAGUCCAACGUCAACACCGUCGAACUCUAAUACGCGAAACUUAUUCUCCAGUUCCCAAGGUCAUAAUGUAGAUUCACGGAAUCCCCAGGAUUUUUCUCCUCAGUUUCUGAAACCACAGCAAAAUUUACUUACGGGUUACAUGGAUCCCACGGGAUUGGGAAGUAUUCCUCAAGGUCAGAAUAUACAUCAAAAUUUAACUGGCCAAAGAAGAUAUCCGCAACAAGACACUGCCAAUACCAUGAUGCUACCUCCAAAGACUACCGCACCACCUUUGGGAGUUAAUCAGUUACAUAAUGCGAGACCGCCGCUAUCAGGAAUGCCACCUCUUCCGGGACAACAGAUGUACGAUCCUCGUUCACAACCUGGUCCGAUGACGAACGUCCCAUUAGACUCGUUAAAUAAAAGAUAUCCUAAUAUGUAUCCUGACCAAUUAAACCAAUUAAAUAAUCAGAUGGGCAAUUUAAACGUUGCACAAAGUGGCUACAACAAAAUAUGGGGAAUGGAAUCAAUAGAUCUUCUACAAUGCAGAAAUAUACUGCCACCUGAAAAAGUCGAGCCACCACAGAUCAGAUUACAUCAAGAAUUUCCAGAUAAUGUAAAUUGUAAUCCUGAAAUAUUCAGGUGUACACUGACAAAGGUUCCGGAAUCAAAUUCGCUUCUUCAAAAAUCAAGAUUACCAUUUGGCGUGCUAAUACAUCCUUUUAGGGACCUAAACCAGCAAUUGGCAGUGAUUCAAUGUAACACAAUCGUACGUUGUCGAGCUUGCAGAACAUAUAUCAAUCCAUUUGUAUAUUUCGUCGAUUCGAGAAGAUGGAAGUGCAAUCUUUGUUUCAGACUAAACGAACUUCCUGAGGAAUUUCAAUUUGAUCCUGUGACGAAAUCUUACGGCGAUCCAUCACGACGGCCAGAAGUCAGAACUGGCACGAUAGAGUUUAUCGCUCCAAGCGAGUAUAUGGUCCGUCCACCCCAGCCUGCUGUCUACCUCUUCGUCAUGGACGUUUCUCGUCUUGCGGUAGAAAGCGGUUAUUUGCAAAUCGUCUGCAACAUCAUCACCGACGAACUGUCGCGUCUCCCCGGCGACAGUCGUACCCAAGUUGGUUUUCUCGCUGUUGACUCUGCCCUUCAUUUCUUCAGUAUGCCUGAUAACGUGUCGCAGCCGCACGAGAUGAUCAUGCUAGAUAUCGACGAUGUGUUCCUGCCGUGUCCGGAGAACCUGAUUGUAAAUCUGAAGGAACGUGAGGAGCUCAUUCGCUAUCUUCUCACCCAGCUGCCCAUCAAAUUUUGCGGCACUCACGAUACUAACAGCGCACUCGGCGCCGGUCUUCAAGCUGCCCUGAAACUUCUCUCCUCUACUGGAGGACGCGUCACUGUUUUCCAGACGUGCCUGCCUAACGUUGGCCCAGGAGCCUUGCAGCCGCGGGAAGAUCCCAACACCAGAACGAAUAAGGAUGUGCCGCAUCUUAAUCCAGCAACGGACUUCUAUAAAAGGUUCGCUCUGGAUUGCAGUGGACAACAAAUCGCAAUUGAUUUGUUCUUGUUGAAUAGUCAGUACAGCGAUCUAGCAACUUUAUCAUGCAUGUCAAAGUUUACGGGUGGCUGCAUUUACCAUCUGCCAUUGUUUCGAGCAUCAAAGCUGCAAAAUACUGAGACAUUGGAGAGAUUGCUUCGCCGUUACUUGACCAGGAAGAUCGGCUUCGAGGCGGUGAUGCGGCUUCGUUGUACACGCGGCCUCAGCAUCCACGCCUUCCAUGGCAGCUUCUUCGUUCGAUCGACCGAUCUUCUCUGUUUACCAAACAUUAAUCCGGACGCCGGUUUCGGCAUGCAAAUCUCUAUCGACGAGAACCUCUCCGACGUGCAGAAUGUGUGCUUCCAAGCGUCUCUCCUCUAUACUUCGAGCAAGGGUGAGCGAAGGAUUCGAGUGCACACUCUAUGUUUACCAGUCGUGUCCAGUCUAUCGGAUAUCCUACAUUCUGCGGAUCAGCAAUGCAUAGUGGGUCUGCUAUCAAAGAUGGCUGUCGAUCGAUCGCUUCAAUCAUCUCUGUCGGAUGCCAGAGAUGCAUUGAUAAACGUUGCUAUUGACGUCUUGUCCGCAUAUCGACUGUCGCAAUCUUCCGGUGGCGGAGGAGGACUUAUCGCUCCAGGAAGCUUAAAGCUGUUACCGCUGUAUAUUAUCGCAUUAUUGAAGAGCGUAGCGUUCAGAUCCGGCACGAGUACACGUUUGGAUGAUCGUGUGUACGCCAUGUUUCAAUUAAAGACGUCACCAUUGGCACAGCUGAUACAGAUGAUAUUUCCCGAUUUAUAUCCUGUUCACGCGCUCGACGAUCGCAAUUCAAAGGACAUUGAUGGCAAAGUGUGCCCGCAACCGCCGCGACUUCAUCUGUCCGCGGAAAAACUCGACAGCCGGGGCGUCUUUCUUAUAGACUCUGAUGACAGAAUUAUGAUUUACGUUGGGAAAAACGUUAAUCCAAUUUUUUGCACCAAUGUACUCGGAGUUUCGGCAUUUCCAUGUAUCCCGGAAGAAAUGUACGAACUACCGGAAUUGGAUACGGUAGAAAGCGAACGAUUGCGAAAUUUUGUAUUUAGCUUGCAAGAAGAAAAACCGUACUAUGUACCUGUACAAAUUAUCAGGGACGAUAGUCAUUUUAGGACAUUAUUCAUUGAACGAUUGAUAGAAGAUCGAUUCGAAUCCGCUCUUAGUUAUUACGAGUUCUUGCAACAUCUCAAAACGCAAGUGAAGGAGUGACCAAGCUAAGGAAAUUCUUGGGUGAGAUUAAAUAUUGGAAGUGUUAAUUAUCGAAACUAUGAAUUAUGGAACUAUUAUAAAAAAAUGUGCAGCGAAAUAGUUGCGCGAUUCAUCACAAUUCAUCGAUUUAUGGGUCUUCGGGAUAUAUUGGGACAUAUCACAUAUAAUUCAAGACCUACUUAUGCCAUCUACUUAUGCAGCAGUGAGAGCCUUAUUGAAAGACACUGACGCAUUUAAAUAUGAUAGAUUGUUAUUAUUAUUACUAUUACAUAUAUGAUUCUUUAUCAUCAGUAACUAAUAUACAGAUUUGCGUUCUAGUUGCGCAUAUCCACUUGGAUUUAAACAAUUUCUCUAUGCUUUAACUUACCCAGUAAAUGGUAAUAUCUGGUUUUUUAUAUAUGAUUUUGUGUUAGCCACCUACAGCAAUUUUAUUUGUACGAAAUUGUCAUUUAUUCAGUAAGAAGAUUUUCUUUUCUGCAAUAAUGGUAAUUCGUGAAUGGCAUAUGAGUAUUUUGUUUGAUGAUAUAUAUGUGUUUGUACAGAAUAAUUUUUUAAAUAUUAAUAUAUAUAAAUAUUUCUGAAUUUUUUCUCUUUCCCAUUCAUCGAAGUAUCAUUAUUGUCGCGAAUUAAUACGCAAGUGUUCUUACCUUAAAUAUCAUAUACAUGUACACACAUACACACACACAGACAUGUACACACACCUGCAAAAUCGUAAAAAAGAAAAAUAUUAUUUACAAGUGAUUAUACAUAUAUAUGAUUCAUAAAUAAUUAUAUGCAAAACAAUAGAAACGGUAUUAAAUGAGUGCAAUUUUGCAUUUUUUAAUAUAUAUAAGUAAUAUAAAACGAAAGUGUGUGUACUUGCAGGACAUGUGUCGCCAAAUGAAAAUAUAUUUAAUGGUGAUAAGCAAUGCACUUUUUGCAAUUUAAUCACCUAUAGGCAAUAAAAAUGAACAAGAGAGAGGAUAGUAACGACUCAUAAAAUAUUAUAUUGGUUGCUGUAUGUCAUUCCUCUGGACAAUGACAGGUUGUUAAUCCAUACUGUAAGAUUAGAGAGACUUUGUAACGAGCAUAUAGUGUCACGACGGCAAUUCCAAACAGUCGAUAAACACUACGAUUAAAAAAGAUUAUUGCAAUUGAAUUAUGUGUAACUGAUCAAGAAUAGAAAGAAAGGCGCUGAGAGAGAGAAUAAUUUAAUUCGCACGACUGUAAAAUACUAAUCGAUUGUCGAAGCGGAUAUAAACUCGCCUAUAAAAAGACUUUAUAAGAAAUAAAUAAUGGUGAAACGAAUAUAUAGAGCGCUGACGAAUGUUAUAGCAAAUAAAAGAAUGAAUAUUGUAAAAUAAUCAUGCUGUUCGUAUUGUAUCGUGCUAUCAAAGCAGAGUUUCCUGGCAUUGAUUAUUUUGUCGUUAUUUUAUGAUUCGCUCAAAGCAAAAUUAGCAUGAUGAUUUAGUCUAUUAUUUAAUAAUAUAUAUAUACAUAUAUACAUACACAAACAUUCAUAUACAUAUAUACAUUACACAUAUAUGAAAAAUAAUUGUACAUCUUUUAACGAACCCUCAUCCGCGUGUACCCAAUUUUUUAUAAAUCACAAACUGUAUAUUACAAAAAAUGCUUCAA